AUUUGUAUCAUGGCUUCAUUGAUAUUCAGUGGACACUUAUGUUCAUAUUCUUUGUCGAAUUUGCGAAAUCCGAGAAGUCUGUUGACAUUUCAGCCAGCUCACAAACAUGCAGGAUUUAGAUUAUUCGAUAUUUCCCCCCCUGCAACGUUCAAGACAUCUCAUACAAUCAGAGUUGAUAGCAGAUAUGUUUCUCAUCUUGUGAAUACGACUUUUAGACCAUACAGUUCUAGAGAAUGGAGAAAGGCACAGCGAGAGAUGCUAAAGGAACGGAAGCAGACAGAGGCAAAUAAAGUAGUACCGAGCUACGAAGAAACUUCUCUUAAACGCGAUACUCCAUCAUACAACCUAUGGAAAGAAGAAAAUCAAGCGCCUUCUUACGAUCAAAAUGCCUCCACCGAAGAACUUAUGAAUCCUUCGGUCAUGCAGCACCUACGAAAAGUGUAUACAACUAUCACGGCAAUGAUAGGAGCUGCAGCCAUUGGGGGUGCUUCUUAUUUGGUGUUACCAGCCUCUAUAUUGGCUACAGCACCCUUCGUAGGCCUUUUGGGUAGUAUUGGAUGCAUACUGGGAGUUUAUUUCUCCAAUCCCAAAAACAUUCUGUUUCGACAAAAUUUGCUCAUGGGGUUUGGGUUUCUCAGCGGUUUGAGUAUUACUGGAUUGCUCUCUAUUGUGUCCUUGCCCACUAUUCUUAUGGCAUUGGCCGGUACAACUGCUAUUUUCGCCGGAUUUUCACUAGCUGCCAUUAGGGCCAAAAGUACCACCUUUCUAUCCCUAGGAGGUGUACUCGGAGGUAGUAUCCUUUUCUUGCUAGGUAUUUCACUAAUAAGCUGGCUCGGUCCAAUGCUAGCACUUCCACUUUCCCCGGCGUUCUAUGCUGCCCUCCAUAACGUCAACCUGUAUCUAGGACUCGGUAUAUUCUCUCUUUUUGUAUCGUACGAUACACAGAGAAUGAUCACAAAUGCAUACGAAGGAAACACUGACCAUGUCAGCGACGCCCUGAGCAUGUUCAUUAACGUUUAUUCUAUAUUCGUCAGGCUUCUUUCAAUCUUUCGAGACGAAUGAGGGACAUGCGCACUCUGUGUUAAAUACAUGGCCUUUCAACAUCUGCCCUCUUUUUUCUUUGAUUAAGCAGCAUUUUUUGCAGAAAUAAAGAGUUGUCCUAGUCACCGCCUCGAUGAGUGACCAUCUUUCUAAUAAGUGGACAGGGAACAUGCUCCAGAAACCUUUUGAAGAAAUUUUUGCUGUUAAAUACCGUCUCUUUUCUUAAUAGCAAAAAAGAAUCGUUCUAGAGAAAUCCUAGUUAAACACCUAGAAGAAUUACAUCGCGUUGGUCACAAACCGAUUUGCACUUCAAUUUUAUACAACCUCAAAUGCUGCCACAUGAGCACAACAAUAAUGAAAUGGCCGAUGGUUUAUUUUUUUUCAUAAAAAUUCUAAUUCACUAAAUUGUGUACUGUUUUGCAGCCAAUAUUGUCUUACUUUUAUUUCCUAUCAUCCAUCGGUCAUCUAUUUGUACAUUCACAUAAUUUUUGUGUCCAAACUGCUGUAAAGUUACCGCAGUCAGGGAGAGGCAUACCUACGAAAAGAUCGUAUUUGCCGAGAAAAACUAUACAAAAAAGUUGAGUUGCUGCAUUUUUGCAUGAAUGGCUAGUUUGAUUAUAGUAGCUAGUUUGGGACUAGCAGGUGCUGCAUAUAUAGCAAAACGGAGCAUUAGCAGGCGCCCAGGCGGUAUUCGCCUGUAUGUUCAGCGCAAAAAUAUUUAUUUUGCGCAUCAGCUAGGUUUACUUGAUGACGUGCAGGCAGCUGCGGCAUACGAUGCCCUGAGGAAGCAUUAUGAAAAACUGGUCAUACCCAAGCCAGUCAAUUUGAGUGGAGACAAACAAGCCGAUUCCCAGAUCUUGUAUGGGGGUCCAUUUCAGAGCGAGAUGACAAAAAAAGAGGCCAGGCAGAUCCUCGGCUUGAGCGAAGAGCAAUCGAGGCACGGUCAGAAUGUGACUCGACAGUGGCGUCAGUUGAUGCUCAGAAAUCACCCAGAUAUAGGCGGAAGCCCGUAUAUUGCGGCGAAGAUCAACGAAGCCAAAGAUAUCGUAAUGGGUGAGAAGGCGGCGAAGGAAGACGAGCCUGUAAAGCGUGAUGCCAAUGAGAAAAAAAGAGGUACAAAAACUAAUUUUGAUGUUUCAGAAGAAGAGGAUUUUACAGACGCGUAUCAGACGGCAGAGAGUAGAGGGCCUUUUGCGGGGUAUAAUCCGUUGAAUUUGACUGGAGAUUGGAAUGUAGUCGAGGAAAUUUUUCAGCGGAAAGCUAACCGCAAAAGGCCACUAUGGAUGCCGGAAGAUGUCAUACCAUUCGCGCCUGAGGAGAAUUGGAAAUUGCGCUACCUAAAAGAGCUGGACUCCGUAUCUCAGUUGGAUGAACAUAUCAGUAACCAAAGCAAUGUACUUUUGAUGGAGAACAGAAACAUAAAUACAAAGGAUACAGUGGGGAUAAUAUUAGACGAAGAGGGGAAGCCAGAAGAUCCGAGGACGUGGAAUUAUUAUAAAGAGGAGGAACUAAUUAGGAACGCGGAAGAGGUGGAAGAGGAUGAGAUUGAGUUGGAGAGGCAAGAAAAAAUGGUGAUCAAGAAGGAGAUGUUGGAGAGAAUGUACGCAGAAAUGAUUUGGUCAAAAAAGAAAGUACAGAAGAAAAAGAAGUCGAAUGCGGAGAAGAACUAGUACAUUAGUGUUCGUAUAUGAAUGCAUGUAUGUAUAAAUGUGCAGUAAAAAAGGACAUACAUAUAUACGCAACACUGUUUUGUAGACACCGAUAAGGGUGUUAGAAUGGGAGAAGAUACUCCAAUAAUGUGGGCAGCAAAGAGGAGGAGGGUGAAUUUGGAGAGGGAGAUUCCUCGUGUCGUGCGUUGCUGGGAAACAGCGUGUUGAUGUCUUCCUCUGAAUAUAUUUGGAUGCCUUGCUCUAGGACAGACGGAGGGAGGUGUUUGUUGAUGUCAGGGUGAUCGCUCAGGAGUGCAUAUCGGUACAGCCCUUGCACAUCAUGGAAAUUAGUGUUGGUGAGUUGUCGUAUAGAACGUUGAUGUUCAAGCCACUGAUCGGUAUUGAAUUCUGGCUGUUCGAUUGCAUGGACAACAUGGAGUGUAGUGUCGAUCAACCAUUGGAUAGUGGAUGGGUUUUUCCAGUUACGGUUUGCCCAUUCAGCGUAGAGAAGGCACUGCAAAUGGACCGGAUCAUAGGAAUCAUCGGCAUCCUGAGACGACAGGAAGUAGGGAUGGGUGUCGAUGCCGUUGUCUGGAAGAGGCUGUAUGGACAGUCGAGAGCAGAGAUAUAUGAGAGCUUGAGGAAAAGUCAAAAUGGCUUGAGCGAGAAUCUGAGAACUGUCGGACAGAUGUUGAGGCUCGUAAGAAGGGAUGCAGAUUUCUUCAGACAAAUUAGAGAGGCGAGUUUUAUUUUUUUCUAAAUGGAACUUAGCAAGUGCCAGGGAAUACAGCCAAUUUGGUCUGAUCAGCAAGUUCUUUUUGCAGAGCAUAGGAUGAGCUAAGAAUUCGGCUAUGAGCAAAUGUUUGUUUUUCCUCAAAAUACACUGGUCAAUCCAAUAGAGCAAUCCGAACGGAUCUGAAGGAUCGAGAGUGAAUAAAAACUUGCAAAAUUCUAGGGUU